AUGUCAGAAGACUCGGAAAAGGAAGAUUAUUCAGUCAGUGACGAAGAUGAGUCAGAUGAGGAUAACUUUAUGGCAUUUGUACGUGAAGAUAUCCAUCCGUGUGCACUUUUCACAGCUGACUCUAUCAGCGACCUAUUUUUCCCGCGGACAACACAGAUACUGCUGGAAUAUCAGCUAGGGAGAUGGGUGCCACGUCUUCGUGGACCACGAGACCUCUAUGGUGUCUCUUCUUCUGGCCCACUGAGCCCAACGCGGUGGCCAUACCACUGUGAGGUCAUCGAUGAGAAAGUGCAGCAUAUCGAUUGGACUCCUUAUCCUGAGCCAAUGUAUACCCCCACAGGCCUGGAGAUGGAACCCCUUUAUCCAAACUCCAAGGAUGACAUUGUGGUUUAUCUGGCUGAAGAUGCUUACAAAGAACCCUGUUUUGUGUAUUCUCGAGUGGGGGGCAACCGAACACCGCUGAAGCAGCCCGUGGGUGACUGUGACAACACGCUGAUAUUUGAAGCAAGAUUUGAGAGUGGUAACCUACAGAAGGUAGUCAAAGUGGCAGAAUACGAGUACCAGUUGACUGUGCGUCCGGACCUCUUCACAAAUAAACACACCCAGUGGUACUACUUCCAAGUCACAAACACCCAAGCAGGCAUAGCCUACAGGUUCACGAUCGUCAACUUCACCAAGCCUGCUAGUCUGUACAAUCGAGGCAUGCGCCCUCUCUUCUAUUCCGAGAAGGAAGCCGAGGCUCAUCAUGUUGGCUGGAAGAGGGUGGGAGACCAAAUCAAGUAUUACAGGAACAACCUGGGGCAAGAUGGGCGCCACUAUUUCUCUCUGACGUGGACCUUUCAGUUUCCGCACAACAAGGAUACGUGCUACUUUGCUCACUGCUACCCGUACACUUACUCCAACCUGCAGGACUACCUUUCUGGCAUCAAUGGUGACCCCGUGCGCUCCAAGUUUUGUAAAAUCCGUGUCUUGUGCCACACGCUCGCUAGGAACAUGGUGUACGUCUUAACGAUCACUAACCCCUUGAAGAUCACGGAGCCAAGACAGCGCAAGGCCGUGAUUCUGACCGCGAGGGUCCAUCCAGGAGAAACCAACAGUUCAUGGAUCAUGAAAGGCUUCCUAGAUUAUAUUUUAGGAGACUCAAGUGAUGCGCAGUUGCUUCGGGACACUUUUAUCUUCAAGGUGGUACCCAUGCUGAAUCCAGAUGGUGUGAUUGUGGGCAAUUAUCGGUGUUCCUUAGCUGGACGGGAUUUAAACCGUAGCUAUACAUCUGUCCUGAAGGAAUCUUUUCCUUCUGUUUGGUAUACCCGGAACAUGAUCCGUAGGCUGAUGGAGAAACGAGAGGUCCUUUUAUACUGUGACCUGCACGGCCACAGUAGGAAAGAGAACAUCUUCAUGUAUGGCUGUGAUGGCAGCGACAGAGCGAAAGGGCUGUAUUUACAGCAACGCAUCUUCCCGCUUAUGCUGAGCAAAAAUUGUCCGGAUAAAUUUUCAUUCUCAGCUUGCAAGUUCAAUGUUCAGAAGAGCAAAGAGGGAACAGGGAGGGUGGUGAUGUGGAGAAUGGGGAUCAGGAACAGCUUCACCAUGGAGGCCACUUUUUGCGGCUCCACUCUGGGUAAUAAACGAGGCACUCACUUCAACACAAAAGACUUGGAAUCAAUGGGCUAUCAUUUUUGUGAUUCUCUCUUGGACUAUUGUGAUCCCGACCGUGCCAAGUACUUUCAAUGCCUGAAAGAAUUAGAGGAAAUGGAGAAGCACAUUAGCUUAGAAAAAAUCUUUGAUGAUUCAGAUACGUCUCUGAUAGAAAUUACGCUGGAUCUAGAGUCCAGUAGCCGGGGCUCUGACAGUUCUGAAUCCAAUGACUCGCAGACUUAUCCUCUCAAGUUAACUUCUCAGCUGAAAACCAAGAGAUAUCUGAAAACAAAGAAGGAAAGGAAUUCUGCUAUAACAAGUCUUAAAAGUGCCAGAGAAGAACAAGAGGUCUGUGUUAGAGGACAUUCACAGCAAAGAUACAAUGAGCCAAAUACUGACUUGAAAGAUACAAGGGCAAAUGUAUCGGAAGAGUAUAUCGAUGAGUAUUUCAGAAGACAGUUCCCUCAUCAAGGUUUGGAGCUGCAGCACAACUUAAAGAGCAAACUGAGAAGAUUUCCGUCUUUCCAAAGCAAGAAGGCGGACGUCAACUGGACCGAUGAUGAGAAGAGAAUCUACAGGGAUAAAAGACUAGCCCAAACUCAGGAGAUGCUGCAGUAUCUACUCCCGAUGGUGGACAGCUCUAAAACGAUACAGCCCCCCCACAUAAAACAGAUGUUCAGUCCAAGAGCCAAUGUACAGGCCCAGCACCAACUGACGCUAACUACUACUUGCCUAAAUAGACAGAGGAACGGCUCAUCCUGGACAGCAUCCAGAAACCCCCCCUUUCUAGCUCAAAAGGGUCUUCUGACAGACUCUUCAGGUUGGCUCCAGCCUGUGCCCCAGAAGUCAUUUGAAAGUCUGUCACCUCUCAAAGACCCCAAGAACAAGAAAAAACAUCCUGGAGCCUGCACCUCAAAGACUGAAUACAAGAAGCAUUUCAACAGUAAAUGGGAGGCCAUCUCCUCAAGUGGUCAGAUGGAUGCAAAUGUCACCAAAGAGAGGAGUCUUCAGGCUAAAGAGUCCAGAUCACCAAGCUUGAUCCAGGCAGCCCGUAAUCUCACAAGAAACCAGAACAAGCAACCACAUAACAGUCAGGGACAAGCCACCUCUCAUCUGAAGUAUGGAAGGGACAAUUAA